AUGGUAGGUAUAAAAAGUAUUGUUUACCUCGUAGGUUUCGAACGUCCAUCUGCCAUUCAACAACGAGCUAUCAAACAGAUCGUACUCGGUCGCGAUGUCAUUGCCCAGUAUGUCCCUUUUGUUAUUAAUACCUACUAGAGCUCAGUCAGGCACAGGAAAGACGGCUACCUUGGCCAUCGCUGCUCUGCAGAUGUUGGAUACUCAACUGCGUGACACACAAACGCUGAUACUGUCGCCGACUCGUGAGUUGGCCUUGCAGAUCCAGAAGGUUAUUCUCGUGCUUGGUGACUACAUGAACGUGCAGUGCCAUGCAUGCUAUGGGGGUACGAACAUCGGUGAAGAUAUUCGAAAGUUGGACUACGGGCAGCACAUUGUUUCCGGUACGCCUGGUCGUGUUUUCGGUAAGUCGAGCAUAAAGUCGUCCCCUCUUAUGAAUUCCUUCGUAAUAAAUUUGGAACGUUCUGUUCUCGUGUCAUCCUUCCUCUAUGUCUCAUGCUUAGUUUCCGCAUUUUCGCUAUCUAGAUCGUGUUUCCCUGCAUGGGACCCUUAUUUGCCAGUGCUAGGUUGAACUUCUUUUAUUUUCCUCCCUUUCGUAAAUCCCAGUAAUACACUACAACUCACCUCUGACUGAUUUCGUGUCAUAUUAAAAGCGUGAACCUGGCACUUUUAAUGGCUCACACUCCACCCACUGGCCUUGACACUAUGACAAGCAUCCACGAAUCCAUUUACAAUCCUUUCCACUACUCCCAACCCCGACUGCAGGAUUUGUGUUGUAUCCCGUUAAAAACCAUUUGCCCGAUGAGCGGCCGUCUUCUACACCCAUUACAUUAAAAUGUUGUCCUUUUUAUGAUCAGACAUGAUAAAACGACGGAACCUGCGCACAAGAACCAUCAAGCUGCUAAUUCUCGAUGAGGCUGAUGAAAUGCUGGACAAGGGCUUCAAAGAACAGAUUUACGAUGUUUACCGUUAUCUCCCUCCGGGCACCCAAGUCGUUCUUCUAUCAGCGACUAUGCCACAUGAGAUACUGGAACUAACUUCAAAGUUUAUGACUGAUCCUGUCCGGAUCCUUGUCAAACGGUGCGUACAUACCUAAGAAUUUUUAGCCUUCUGUUUAAUGAACAAUAGUAAACUAUCGGUUGAAAAGGACGACCUACUUUACACCCAGUCUGUCCACAUGAUUUUUACCGAGACAAGUGAGGCAUUCCCACAACAGUAUGCAGUCGUCAGCACGCGGUAAUGUUGAACACCUGCGACGCGCAGGUCCUGUCGUACGGUUUUGCUUUGCCUUGCUAGUGACGCAGAUCAAAUCAGAUGAAUGUAGUCGUUUUUCAACGUAAACCUGUGAUUACUCGUAGUUACGGUAAUAGCGUUGGUGGUAAUUGUUGUUCAACAGCAGCCGGGAAACUGACACCUAGGGAACAAACCCGCCACAAGGCUUAUUUAUUAGCGCAAUAUGCCAUAGUCCGAAGUUCAUCGUGUCCUAUGUGGAUUUAGUUGUUCGCCCUGUUCUUAUAUCGGGGGAGUUCAACUUGAUUUUCGUAAUUAGUUUCUUGUUUACUUUGCUUACCAACCGGCUCCACUCUUCAGUGUAAUCGCACUGCAGAUAAUAUCAUUUCAGUGCACUUUGUGACAGACUCCGUCGUGAAGUUAGAACAGUUGACAUAAUUCGCAAACCAUUGACCGCUGUGCCAGAGGUGCAACUGGGUCUUCAUCCACAAACCGUGCAUCCUUCCAAUGGCUAUGUUGACGCCGCCGCCAAGAAUUGUCCGACUAGGACGAGAUGUCGCCAACUUUGUUUCCAGGUCAGCGCACAACGCACGACCAAAAAAUCCGAGUUGGGAAUUAAAGGGUGUACAUCUGCCUGAUAUUUCUCACGCGCCAAUUUAGAGGUCAAAUUUUGGGAAUCUGGAAGCUCAUGUGUACGCACCAUACACAGCAUCUGCGUAGGAUUACCUCUAUAGAAGCCUUUUAAGCUCAACCUGGUCUUAUGGCUAACCUCACCGAUUCCAGGGAUUUUAGUGACGUCAUACCGGGGCCACACAUCGCCUUUUGACCUGAUAAUUCACUUCAUCUUUGCCCUUUCCGCGCAAAAGAAAGUUGGCAUAAUCUAGAAGUUCACGAUGAACUCGAGUUUCAUUCUGCAACCCCGGCGUGUAUUUCCGCACCACGACACGCCCUAGAGUUCUGCCAUGUCUACUAGCGUGCGAUGGUCAUUUAAUUUCGUUACAGCGAUGGCUUUUCACUGCCUUUCUCGCGAGUUAAACGAUUUGCCAACAGUAAGUAUCGUGCUUGAACUUUCGCUUUACCAGUGGUCGUAUUGUCCGUCAACCUCCAUACCCAGACGUUCAAAGAUACUACAUACGGUCACCCAUCUUACUUUUUUACGUAUGUGGGACACGACCUUCCACACCGCAACGUUACUGACACGAAGUCGGUAGUGCAUAAGCCACAACGUACUGUGCUGUCUCAGUUGUUUGCAGCUGUCUGCAAGUAAUUUAAGGCAUAGGACAGUCCCAGGUGUGACAUGAGAUAAUUUUUUUCUCAGCAAUUCACCGGAUUUCGAUUAUAAUUUCGUGAUUGGCCCGUGAGAGAUUCCUCGGUUCAGGUGACAUGUUUCCGCCUCCAUAGCUAACUAGAGCGAAAAAAGCAAGCCCUGGGACGGUAGGGCCCUAGUCGACUGUGACUGUUUUAGAGACAUUUGUCAGCGUUUACAGCAAUUUUUUGAUGAUGCACGGCCAUCAUGUCCCGACACUGGCACUAGAGGACCCAUGGAUGACACUCCUACUGCUACUACCACCACCACCGCUACUACUACUUUAACCUUUUACUGUCUACGCAUGCUUGCAUAUGCCUAUAGUUGGGCCGUCGAUUCACUAUCUUAUACUCGCAAUAACGUACGCCUUUGUGUCAAACGGCCUGCUUUCCACACUUCUGUGCAUAAGAGGUCUUUAAAACUGGCCUGCCACCCGGUCGCCAGCGCUUCCUCUGCACUGCAAAUUGUUGGGGCCAGCCUCAGGUACUAACCGGUUGGCAUAUCUGCCUGGUCAGUAGGCCUAUCGGAAAAAAUAGUUCUCACAGCUGCUUCUCCUUAGACGUCCAGUGCCAGUUCCGCGCUCGCUUUCUGUCUCAUAACUCAAUGGUUCUGCCAUCAAUAGGUACUCCUUUAUCGUGUAAAAAGGGCCUUUCUACCAUCCAACUGGAACACAGACUGACUACAUUUAUUUAUUUUGCAGUGAUGAGCUUACCCUUGAGGGUAUCAAGCAGUUUUUCGUCGCUGUCGAACGCGAGGAAUGGAAGUUUGACACCUUGUGCGAUUUAUACGAUACCCUAACGGUUACCCAAUCAGUCAUCUUCUGCAAUACAAAACGCAAGGUCGAGUGGCUUGCCGAGAAAAUGCGCAGCAACAACUUCACCGUCGCAUAUAUGCAUGGUGACAUGGUGCAAAAGGAAAGAGAAGAGAUUAUGAAAGAUUUCCGCAGCUGCGAGAGGUAAGUAAAGAAAUUUUAGCGAAGACCGUUGUUUGCCCCUGUCAAAAGCCACUCCAUAAAACUACUCGAAAUGUUCGCCAAGCCGGCUUCAAACAGAAGUGAUGACCUAGAGUUCUUCAAAGAGGGGCGAAAAUCAAGAACUAGAUUUGACGUUUCAGGUUAUCUAAAAAUCGUGAGCAUUUUUUUUUCAAGCGCUUUGAAUCGGGUGGAGCAAGACGGAUUUCAUGCAAGCUAUCCUGACAAGCCUUUAUACUGGACCAAUUUCUCUACUAGGCGUCCUGUCAAGUGACUGUCUACCCCGGGGUACAGAACUGUUUGGGGAAAAAUCUGCUGUAGGCGCCAUUUGAAUUAACUCUAGACAUGUUUACUGCAGCUCUAAAAUUAAAACCUCAGCAAAAUCCCUGCAUUGCUAUUUGUCGCCAGCUGGCGUAUUCAGACGGCAACGCCGGUAGAGUUGACCUGUUUGGUUAUGCGAAGCGUCCCGAAACAAAGGGGGUUUUGGUGGGUUACAUCAGAAUAACUCGUCAUCAUCGAUGCUACAUUGCAGCCAUAUCUGAGACGAAAUCGCCGGUUUCCCGAGUUCUUAAGUUUAUAGUCCCUUUACCGCAAGGGCCAUCCACACUGAAAACUCGAAUCCUGAUGUUUCUUAGCCCUUAUCCUAAACGUGCGAAGGUGAUCUAGCCUCUUUCAGAAAGUUUAGGGCAUGCAAAAUCAGCAUUGGUCAUGCGAAAGUCAGAUGGAAACCCCCUAUUGUUUAGAGAAAAAAGGCGAGACUAUAUCAGCGGCACAAAACCUAUCCUCCCCCCGACAUUUCGGAUUCAGUCGUUAACCCAUCACCACAGAUGAAAAUAGGUACAAGUGACGGACGCAGUUGUCCGUACCUUCUGUGACGACCACUUGGUUACCCGAAUCUAGGCCGUUAAUUUUCACAGUACUGGUGAUGGGUGUGAUCCCCUUAGAUAUGACUGCGCGCAACUACUUCCUAUGCAUACUGCACUCGCUAUGCGUCCGCUGCCUUUAUCCCUUGCUGUCUCGGGUGCUAGUUUUAAGCGAAUCCAAAGCAUUGAUCGAAUGAGACCUUUGCUCCAGCGACCGAGUUGCCUGCUGCCCAAGCCGUUGAGAGGCUGCCCUAGGCAUAGGAAUUAGAGGCACUUUGUACAACUGUUCCCUUUGCGGAGUCUGCAGAGUUCGCAACACUACUAGGUCCUUUCUCUGUCGGUUUGCUUGCCAAAUUUACGAAGGCCGACGGAAUACCUUAAGAAUUAAGACCCCUCGGUUUCCAUGCCGUAGACAACAUUCGGACGGCUUUAUCCAAAUUCAAUUAGAAGCCCUCAGCUGACAAGCUCAUCACCUUGAAACUAGGCUACGGACCCAACAAUGCGUGUUACAUUCAUGACAGGUUCCGGAAUUUGCCUCUAACUGCCGAUAUCGCGUUUACUGGGGUUGGACGUACACCUAGUGCUCAACAGCUAGCACCGGUUUCAAAUGGCACAGCAAACCUCUCCCCAGCAGGUGUUUUGGCAUAGUGGUUACUUACCGAAUUAACUUUGUUUUUUUCAGCCGUGUCCUCAUCACAACCGAUCUCUGGGCGCGUGGUAUUGAUGUGCAACAUGUGUCUAUGGUUAUCAACUACGACCUGCCCAAUAACCGUGAGUUGUACAUCCACCGCAUCGGUCGAUCUGGUCGAUUUGGACGCAAAGGUGUUGCCAUAAAUUUUGUGAAGAAUGAGGACAUUCGUAUCCUUCGCGAUAUCGAACAGUACUACUCCACACAGAUAGACGAGAUGCCAAUGAAUGUGUCGGAUCUCGUGUAA